AUGAGGGCAGCUCAGGUGCACCGACUUGGGAAGGUGUUGCCGUGGUCACUGGUCUGCGAGCGGACAAAGAAUGUAUACCUGCUGCAGUCGCUCUUCAUGGUCGGCAUGAUGGUUGGCGCUCCCCUGAUCAGCCCCCUGGCAGACAUGUUCGGCCGACGCCGGGUCGUCCUGGUUACCUUCGGUCUGCAGGCGCUGCUGGUGGCCGCCCUGGUCGUCGUCCCCAACUACGCCACGUUCGCCGUGCUGAGGUUCCUGAGCGGUUUCCUGGGAGUGGGCGGCCUGCCGUGCUUCACGCUGUGCUCGGAACUGGUGAGGCCACAGUACCGGUGUCGCGGCGGUCUUUUGGGCUCCAUCUUCUACUCCACCGGCAUUCAGAUGCUGGCACUCAGCGCCUACGUCAUCCCCCAGUGGCGUCUUCUCGUGCUGACUUCGGCCGCCCUCGGCAGCACCUCCGUGCUCGUGCUAUGGCUCUUUGUGCCCGCCAGCCCGCGGUGGCUACUGCUCAAGGGUCGCACCCAGGAGGCGCAAAAUAUCAUGCUGGGCGUGGCGCGCGCCAACGGAGUGACGCCUCCGGUCAGCUUUACGCUGGUGGCCACGAGGAAGGAGACCACUAGCUCGCCUGACAACUGCUGCUCGCUGUUCCGACACUGGCGCGCCGCUCUCUGGACGGUGGUGCUCUGCUUCAGCUGGGCGGUACACACUCUGACGUACUACGGACUGACGGCGGCGGCGGCCACGAUGGGUGAAAACCGAUUCAUCUCGUUCGCCCUCUCGGGACUGGUGGAGAUACCAUCCACCAUCGCCCUCGCCUGGAUGUUGGACAAACUGGGACGUCGGUACUCGAUCAGCGGCAUGAUGCUGGCCGGAGGCAUCAGCUGUGUCCUCAUCAUGCUGCUGCCUGACUCCUACAUUGACGACGAGGGAGGCAGGCUGACGCUCAGUCUGAUAGGGAAGCUGUGCAUAGCUGCGACGUUCAAUGCGAUCUACAUAUUCACCGGCGAGAUAUUCCCGACCUCGAUCCGCAGUACAGCCUUCGGCAUCAUCAACGUGUGCGGGCGGACGGCUGGGAUAGUCUACCCCUUCGCAGCACUGCUGGAUACUGUGAAGAGAGAUCUUCACUUCUUCAUCUUCGGAGUGCUGAUCAUAACAUCAGCGCUUCUGAGCCUGCUGCUGCCGGAAACAGUGGGGAAGCCGCUGCCCAAGACAGUUGAGGAAAUGGUCGGAAAAGACGUCGAAAUACAUGAAGCCUUGCAGUUUGACAAAUUGUUGGGCGAUUAUGGCAGCAAUAGCGAUACUGUUAAAGCAAAUCAAGGAUGAACAGAAACGUUGGGUCUUUUGACACAUGUGCCAUAUUUGGGUGCACUUUAAACGAUUAUGUUGCAUCGCCUUUCAGUCAGCUAUUGUCAGUCAUGUGUUCAGAUGCCUGUUGUGAUCCGUCAUCUGUGAUUCACUAAUUAAUGUGUGGUGUUACAGUUUCUCCCUGACUUGAAAUGAAACCUGUGGAUGUGCGGUAGGUCUACAUGCUAUU